GUGCCAAGACGGUUUGAAAAGAGCAGACAAAGGCUGGAGUGCAGGACGCCCCUCGCCUCCCUCGCACUGUCGUCCUCCUCCCCCCCCUUCUCCAGCCAUGGAAGUACUCCCAACCGGUAGUCUAGCUCCGACUUGUACUUUCCGCCUCUGAAAUGCACGACCGUCUGGAUCCGCGUUCGGCCGAGAGAGGACGCCUUUUUGCGGCGAGAAUACAAGAAGGAAGCGUCGUGUGAGUGAGGGAGGAAGAGAGAGAGAGAGAGUGAAGGGAAGAAUUGACGCCGAUUCCUCCUCUCCUCCUCCUCCUUCUUCUCCUUCCUCUUUCUUGGCGGAGGCAGGAAUAAACGCUUUUUUGGGGCUGUUUUUGCUUUCUUUUUGAAUGCAUGUGACUGUGACUGCGGCAGUACACCGGACCGAAGAGAGUUGGCUCAUUGUGGACACUUUCAAGGCUGACGAAAAGAACCGAAACAAGACGCUUCUUUUCGGGAUAACCGGGACUGGUUGCUACUUUUUUGCAUAAUUUAAAGAGAAGGGGGGUGCUUGUUUUCUCAGCCGUGGGGGUGUGGAGUAAUAAUUCUUAUAUGCCUGGGUUUUGAAAAACAAUGGAGACGCACAUUUCGUGCCUCUUCCCGGAAAUUUUGGCCAUGAUUUUCAGCUAUCUGGACGUGAGGGACAAAGGCAGGGUAGCCCAAGUGUGCAUCGCUUGGAGAGACGCAUCCUACCACAAGUCGGUGUGGAGAGGCGUGGAGGCCAAGCUGCACCUCCGCCGAGCCAAUCCCUCCUUGUUCCCCAGUCUCCAAGCCAGGGGAAUCCGAAGGGUCCAGAUCCUGUCCCUGCGCCGCAGCCUGAGCUACGUGAUCCAGGGAAUGCCCAACAUCGAGUCCCUCAACCUGUCGGGCUGCUACAAUCUCACCGACAACGGUUUGGGGCACGCGUUUGUGCAGCAGAUCCCAUCCUUGAGGGUGUUGAACCUGAGUCUCUGCAAGCAGAUCACCGACUCCAGCUUGGGUCAGAUCGCAAAGUACCUGAAGAACCUGGAGGUGCUGGAGUUGGGAGGCUGCAGCAACAUCACCAACACGGGGUUGCUGCUGAUAGCGUGGGGCCUACACCGACUCAAGAGCCUCAACUUGAGGUCCUGCCGGCACAUCUCGGACGUGGGGAUCGAACACUUAGCCGGCAUGACCCGCAGCGCCGCCGAGGGCUGCCUGACCCUCGAGUACCUGACGCUGCAGGACUGCCAGAAACUGACAGACCUGUCCCUGAAGCACAUCUCCAAGGGGUUGACCAAACUGAGGGUCCUCAACUUGAGCUUCUGCGGCGGAAUCUCGGACGCCGGCAUGAUCCACCUCUCCCACAUGACCUCGCUGUGGAGCCUCAACUUGCGCUCCUGCGACAACAUCAGCGACACGGGCGCCAUGCACCUAGCCAUGGGCACCUUGCGUCUCUUGGGCUUGGACGUGUCCUUCUGCGACAAGAUCGGCGACCAGACGCUGGCGUACAUCGCUCAGGGGUUGUACCAGCUCAAGUCGCUCUCGCUGUGCUCGUGCCACAUCUCGGACGACGGCAUCAACCGCAUGGUGCGGCAGAUGCACGAGCUGCGGACGCUCAACAUCGGCCAGUGCGUACGCAUCACCGACAAGGGGUUGGAGCUCAUCGCCGAUCACCUGACCCAGCUGGCGGGAAUCGACCUGUAUGGAUGUACCAAGAUCACCAAAAGGGGGCUGGAGAGGAUCACGCAGCUCCCCUGCCUUAAAGUUCUCAACCUGGGACUCUGGCAGAUGACAGAGAGUGAGAAAGUCAGGUGAUUGGAGAAUGGGACGGGACGGGGCGGGGGACGCCGGAGGGGGGCGGCCGACCUGCAUCCCCCCCUACUGUGUGAUUGUCUAUUUCUCCCAAGUUUCCGUUGACUCGUUUGAUUUCCUUGUCACAUCCAGUCGCACUUCCUUACUGGGAGUCACCUAAACUGGGAGCCACAGCCUAAAAAGACAACAUUCGGCUACCUCGGAAGUGGGGAAAAAAAGAAGGAAAACCAGAACUGAGACUGGGAGAAAAUGUGCCUAGAGGGACUGUGUGUGUGUGUGUGUGUGUGUGCAUGUGUGUCGCCCCCUCCCCCACCCUUCCCUCCUCCCUCCAUGAGCAGAAUGGGACGCAAUCUAAACUACCUUUUUUUGUUAAUUGACACAAACAGCAUCACAUUCCCCUUCAAAUGCAUUAUGCAAACAAACUUUUAACGCACACACACACACACACACACACACACACACACACACACACACAACAAGCUUCAGGUAUUUUUGGUAAAGUGGGGAGGGGGGUCCUGCUGGGGACAAACGUCAGUGAAUGUUGCUUCAAAUUGAAGUGAUUACAUAUUUUUACCCUCUUUUAUUGAUUGAAACAAAUCAGGGUUCCAUGUUGUUGUUUUUUUUUUAUAUAUAUUUUUAAUGGGAGGAGGAGGGAUGUUCUCUUCCUCCUUCUCCUCCUCCUGCUGCUCCUUCUCUCCAUCCCUCCCCGGAUAAAAAUACCCACGCGGAGACAUGCUUGGAAUAAGGAGCAAUCGAUUAUUUUUCUUUUUCUCUCUCUCUCUCCGCUUCUCGGGUUACACGCUCGGUCACAUCUCGCUGUUGUUUUUUUUUUUUGUUUUUUUUUCCCUUUUUAUUUUUUUUU